AUGUGCGGAAGAGCUCGUUGUACCAUCAGGCCCGACGAUUUCCCCCGGGCCUGCCAUCUCAAUGGUCGGCCCAUCCGUCACGUCAAUAUGGACCGGUACCGGCCGUCGAACAAUGUGGCCCCGGGGUUCAACGUGCCUGUGGUUCGGAGGGAGGACGGAGGGGAUUGCAACGGUGCUGUAGUUCACUGCAUGAAAUGGGGGCUGAUUCCGAGUUUCACUAAGAAAUCUGAAAAGCCCGAUCACUUCAGGAUGUUCAAUGCGCGAUCUGAAUCAAUUAGAGAGAAGGCUUCUUUUCGUCGUCUGCUUCCUAACAACAGGUGUCUAGUGGCUGUUGAAGGGUUUUAUGAAUGGAAAAAAGAUGGGUCGAGAAAGCAACCUUACUACAUACGUUUUAAGGAUGGUCGUCCCCUAGUCUUUGCUGCCCUAUUUGACUCUUGGAAAAAUCCAGAAGGAGAGGUCUUGUAUACCUUCACUAUCGUGACGACUUCAUCAUCAUCAACUCUGGAAUGGCUCCAUGAUAGGAUGCCUGUUAUCUUGGGAAACAAGGAUUCGACUGAUAGGUGGCUGAAUGAUUCUUCUUUGUCAAAUCUUGAUUCGAUACUCAAACCAUAUGAAGAGACAGAUUUGGCCUGGUAUCCAGUGACACCUGCAAUGGGUAAGCUUUCGUUUGAUGGACCAGAGUGCAUUGAGGAGAUACAGUUAAAGACACAGGAGACCAGACCUAUCUCCCAAUUUUUCUCGAAGGGAGUAAAUCGUGGACCUGAGCCAAAAAUCGAAAAUCCCACACCAAAAGAUGAGCCUGUUGUAAUCAAUCAGCAGAAAGACACGAAAGAGGAACCAGAAAGUCAAGACAGCUACCAUCAAUCUAUCACCAACAAAGAUGAUUAUGACAUCAAACCAAAACUUGAAAACCCCACAACAAAAGACAAGAACAUUAAGAUAAAUCAACAGAAAGGUACCAAAGAUGAACCUGCAACUCAAGACAGAUACCAUCAGUCUAUUUCAAACAAAGAUGAUUAUGACAUCAAAACAGAUGUUACUGGGGUGUCUGUGGAAGGGGCUGCACAGAUUCCGGGGAAGCGAAACUAUGAGGGGCUUUCUUCAGAUGCUAAGCCAUUUGCUAGAGAAACUGACAGGUUAAGUGCAAGUUCAAUCUAUGGUUUUGCUGAAAUAGCUGUGGUUCCUAUCAAAGUACCAAAGCUGAAGGAAGGAAAUUUUCGUCCAGCUCCCAUUUCCUUCUCUCUGUUUAGCAGUCUCUGUGUAGUUCUGGCUGUACAGCUGUUGCUCUUUUUUCAUGUUAACUGGGAGCACCAAUGUCGUAUAAUUAGUACAUACGUGAGAAUAAGGCGAAGCGAUAUUGAAAGCAUGAGAUGCCCUCACUGCGCCGGCCCCCUCUGCAAAGAGAUGGAGACCAGUGAGUGGACUGUUCCGCCACUAAUUAGGGAUAGCUUUUCUAUGAUAGGAUCGGCCGUUGGUGGCACUGCGGGGGCCUUUUAUGGCUUCAACCACGCUAUGCCAAUUGUUCAGAGGUGGAUCAAAGGACCUAUGUGGUUGCAUUUCCUCAUUGGUGCCCCACUGGUCAUUGUAUUCUCUUCAGGCUGUGCUGGGUUGGCAGGUGGUGCCGUUCCAGCACUAGCACAACUUGCAUCAUCAUCUUAUCAUGCUGCAGUGUCAUCUUCAUCAUCGCCACCUUCAUCCUGA